AUGUCCCAAGUCGCCAGCAAGCUCAUCCCGCCAGGGACAAAGGCGGCCGCGCAGGCGCGUCUCUCGCAGUUGACGCAGUCCUAUCUCGCGAACCGAACACAUGUGCAGCGCUUUCUCACAGCCGGCUUUGUGCUGUACUGCAUCGCCGGCUCGGUCGUGAAUCUGAGCGGGAAGGGGGUCAAGAUCUCGACGAGCGGGCGGGGGAAGAAGGGCGGAGCAGCCCGCAAAGGAGCAGCAGGAGGGAAGGGCAAGAAGAAGGUCUCGGUGUCAGACCCCCUGUUCCAGCAACGGCUCAAGAAGCUGCUCCGCAUCGUCAUUCCCGGCAUUCGCAGCCGCGAGGCCGCCAUGCUCGCGCUGCACUCGUGCUUCCUCCUUGGACGGACGGCGCUCAGUCUCUACGUCGCCGACCUCGAUGGACGGCUGUCGCGCUAUGUGCUCGACGAGUAUCUGGACACGAAGGAGCCGGACGGAGAGGACGCCAAGCUGUACUACAAGCUCGCAAACCUGGACGACCGGAUCAAGAACGCGGAUCAGUACAUGACGGUGGAUAUCCAGCAGUUCAGCAACAAGCUCGCCGAGAUCUACAGCAACAUUGCCAAGCCCGUCCUCGACGUGAUCCUGUACAACUACCAGCUCUCGCGCAAUGUCGGCGCCGAGGGUUUGGUGCUGCUGACUGCGCUCGUGCAGCUGUCCGCCUACCUGCUGAAGAAGAUCACGCCGCCAUUCGGCGACUACGCCGCGUACGAGGCGACGCUCGAGGGCGAGCUGCGCUUCACGCAUUCCCGUCUGCUGGAGAACUCGGAAGAGGUCGCCUUCUACCACGGCGAGGAGUACGAGAAGAACGUGAUUGAGCGCGGCUACUUUGCUUUGAUCAAGCACGUGAACAAGGUGCUCGGCGUGCGGCUCUGGCACGGCAUGGCCGAAGAGGGUGUCGUCAAAUGGGCGUGGGGCUCGUUUGGUCUCGUCAUCUGCGCAAUCCCGACCUUCCUCGGUCAGGCCCUGGGAAUGGGAUCCGGCGACCUCGCCUCUCGCACAGAAGGCUUCGUCACGAACCGUCGUCUCCUGCUCAGCAGUUCGGACGCCUUUGGCCGCGUCAUGUACUCGUACAAGGAGCUCGCCGAGCUGGCGGGUUACACGGCACGCGUUUCAGACCUCCUCGAGGCGAUGGACGACGUCAAGGCGGGCAAAUACGAGAAGAAGCUCGUGUCCUCCGCCGACGUCGAGGCGAACAAGCGCAUGCUGAGCACGCGCGGCAAGGUCGUCGAGGCCGACUAUGUCGAGUUUGACUCUGUGCCGCUGAUCUCGCCGAACGGCGACGUGCUCGUGCAGAGCAUGAGCUUCAAGGUGCUUCCAGGACAGCACCUGCUCGUGAUCGGCCCGAACGGAUGCGGCAAGUCGUCAAUGUUCCGUAUCCUCGGCGGCCUGUGGCCCGUGUACGGCGGCGUCGUCUCCAAGCCUCCAGAGAAGGACUUCACCUACAUCCCCCAGCGGCCGUACCUGUGCACGGGCACGCUGCGCGACCAGAUCAUCUAUCCCGACAACCACGCGCAGAUGCUGGCCAAGGGCGUGACGGACGCGGAUCUGCAAGGCAUGCUCGAGGUGGUGGAUAUCGGCAACAUUGUCGAGCGCGAGGGCGGCUGGGGGGCAGUGCGCGAGUGGCGCGACGCCCUCAGCGGCGGCGACAAGCAGCGUAUCGCCAUGGCGCGCCUCUUCUACCAUCGGCCCAAGUACGCGAUCCUGGACGAGUGCACGAGCGCAGUGACGCUCGAGAUCGAAAAGGCCAUGUACGACCACGCAACCAAUCUGGGCAUCACGCUCAUGACCGUCUCGCACCGCCCGAGUCUGUGGAAGUACCACAAGCUCGUGCUGCAGUAUGACGGACAGGGCGGGUACGUCUUCACAGAGCUCGAUGCGGAGCAGCGCCUCAAACUCCAGGAGGAGAAGCAGGAACUCGAACACAGGCUCCUCCAGGUGCCGAAACUCAAGGCGAGGCUCGAGGAACUCAGGCAUAUCAAGAGGCAGCGCGAUGGCGGGCGCGACGGGGGCGCGGGCCAGGUCGAGGGCGUCGUCGUCGAGGCGGCCGUGGCGUAG